GUCCAACAUCCGGAAGGGUGGGAACCUGUCUUAAAGUUCUGCAAAUCACAUCAGUUUGCGUCACCUACCAGGCUGUUUUGAGUGAUUUUCUUUCCGAAAACGUUAGAAAGUGUCCCCGGUUCGAGAGUACUAACCCGUGUGGAGGUGAAGGACAUGGCGUGUGUGGGGUUGAUGGGGUUGUUGUUGUUGUGUGACAGAGCUCGCCUGGGCUAGAGCUCGGGCGCCUGCUGCUCUCCUGCCUGCAGGAGGACUGGCUAAUGCUCCUCUGACCACUCGCACCGGGGACUUCUCUCUCUCUCUCUCUCUGGAGGUAAUUUUGCUGUCUCAGGUUUGCCACAAAUCACGGUGAACUUGCAUAAAUAUAUUUUACUGGCACUUCUCCAAUCUACUGCCAAGAAGGUUUACAGAAAGAUCAUUUGCACUAUUAAAACCUUAAAUGCCAUGAGUGCCCAGCCAAGGAGAAUCCGUCUGAAGCCAUGGCUGCUGGCUCAGGUAAACAGUGGGAAAUACCCCGGCCUCAAAUGGCUCAAUAAGGAGUGCCGCUUAUUUCAGAUACCAUGGAGGCAUGCCACACGCCAUCUACCAACCCCAGAGGAGGAAAACACAAUAUUCAAGGCCUGGGCGCUGGAGACGGGGAAGUACCAGGAGGGUGUAGAUGAGCCUGAUCCGGCAAAAUGGAAGGCCAACCUGCGAUGUGCGCUCAACAAGAGCCGCGAGUUUAUACUGAAGUAUGACGGUACCAAGGAAACACCAAUGCAACCAUACAAGAUUUAUGAAGUGUGCGAGCUGACAUCAAAUGGAGAUGAGUGUGAGAACGAUGAGGAAGAGCUACCAAAUUUUGCACACCUUUCCAUCAACCCUUGUAUCACUGAGCCUCCAAAUUACCCAGCAUUCCUAGCCAAUCAGGAUACAUUCCCUCUUUCUAUCAUGGGACCUGGAUUUUCUGACCACAGCCAAAUAGCUCCUACUGUGAAACAGGAGGAGCAUCUACUCAGGGAAGCUGUUCUAAAUGGACAUGGUCUGGGCACCAGGGUCAUAGUGCCAUCUGCUCUUCCCCACACUGUUGAGAUGCCAGACACCAUGGAGGACAGUCCUAUGCCAGAGGUGAGGCCUGAAGUAGAGAGCCAAGUGCAGCCAUGCAUCUCUGACCUGCUGAGCAGUCCUCAUAUGCUGCCCCUAACAGACCUCGACAUUAAGUUCCAGUAUCGUGGACAGACCAUGGGCUCUAUGACCGUGAGUAAUCCUCAGGGCUGUCGGCUUUAUUCUGGUAAUUUGGCCCCAACACCAGAGCAAGUGGAACUAUUCGGGCCCAUCACACUGCAACAGGUGCUGUUCCCUGGAACUGCAGGGAUCCAAAAUGAGAAGCAGCGCUUCUACACUGAGCAUCUGCUAGAUGUGAUGGACCGUGGCCUCAUCCUGGAGAUACAAGGCCAGGACAUCUACGCUGUGCGUUUAUGCCAGUGCAAAGUGUUUUGGUCCGGGCCAGGAGUGUCUGAGGAGUGUCAGCCUAACCCAAUGGAAAGAGAACGCAAGAUCAAUGUGUUCAGUCUCAAUAACUUCCUGCAGGGACUCAUCAUGUACCAGAAGGGCGAGGUGCUAACUCCCCCACCCUUUGAAAUUUACUUCUGCUUCGGGGAGGAUUGGCCGGACAGAAAACCCAAAGAGAAAAAGCUCAUAAUCGUCCAGGUUGUGCCUGUAGUGGCGAGGAUCCUGACUGAGAUGUUCUCCGGUGAGCUCUCAUGGUCCACAGACAGCAUCCGCCUCCAGAUCUCCAAUCCUGAUCUUAAAGACCAGACUGUUGAGCAGUUCAAGGAGCUCCACAGACUCUUGCAAAAUCAACAGGCCCAGGCCACAUGGCAGCAGAACAUCCGCUAACAAUGGAUACUCGGGCACAUCAUCACAUGAUCCUGCUGAGGAGGAAUGUAGCUGCGCUGUAUUGGUUUAAAAGAGUGCUCAGCUCUGUUUGUACAUGACACAUUACUCUUGUGGGGGAUUAUUUGAUUAGUUAAACAUUUGUCCUGGUUCUUAGAUUGAAUGUUCGCCCUCAGAUUUGCUUAUUUGAGCUAUAGGUAGUAGGGUGCUGUUCAGGGAAUAAUAAUACUGAAAUGUUUACAACCCACACUGCUUUGCAGCUUGCAUGAUGCACCAAGUAACUGAUGAUGGUGAUCAUAAUCACCACUUUUUUUCUAAAUAGGCCAUCAGAGUUAAUAGAGGAAUAAUUCAAGAACAAUAAUAAUGUCAAACUAAUUAAUAGUAGAUAUAAAUUUCCACUCAUGGCCUUUGUUUUUUUAUUCCUGUAUUUACUCACAGUGCUGUACUACUAAAAACGCUACGUUUAACAUUAUCAGGGCUGAUUUCAGUGUUUGAAACUUGCAUUAAAUUUUCUGUUUUGUGCUAAAAUGUUAUUUUAACUUUGCUUGUCUUUCAAUAAAUAACAAAUAAGACGA